UGGAAGGCCAGAGAACUUAUAAAGACAGUGUUACAUAUUUCUUUUGAUUUGAGCAUCGAAAAUUCAGAAUAUGCUCAUGCGUUCAAUCUGUCUGCUGCUGCUGAUUCCUUAUUUUCUGACAUAAUACAGACCAGACAAUAGUAAGAUGUUUCAAUUUUAGAAAAAAGGGGAUAUCGAGCAUCAUACCAGAAAAGCAGAUGGCGUCUUCGAAACGAGGCGGUGGUCGUUCGCCAUUCAAGGACCUAACCAACACCCCAAACACAGCUGGUGACAACAAUAGCAAUGUUGGUGGAUCUACGACAUCCGAUACACAACCACCACUCGUAGAUGCAAGAGAACGUAAGAGGCAAAGAGAUAGGGACCGGUAUGUGCUGAAAAAAGAUGAAAUACUAAAGAAGCGUCGUGAAGCAUAUCGGCGAAAGAAAGCUGAAGCCGCAUUUGUAGAUGUCGAUAAGCAUCAAUCAGUGACUUUUCAGAACGAUCAAAUGGGAUCAGGGCAAUCCGCGCUUCCCGAACUAGGAUGCACUCCAAAUGCAAGAGGCAUCCCCAAUGUUGUUACGGAGUCAUGUACGCCGAUAAGUGGUACGACAAAGUCAACGUUUUUUGAGCAACCCACCGCAUGCAACAAGGAAAAUAUGCCUCCUGGCGAGAGUAGUUAUUGGGAAUCCCUAGCUCAUGCAGGUGACUUUCCUAUACCAUCUGGUGAUAUUCAUGGCCUAGACAAUAUAAUGGAAUUGACUCUGACUCCAAGUGGGUCUCUAGGAAAUAAGAGUGCUUCUAAUGCGAGGCAAUCACGGCGUACUUGUGAAAUUGCUCACAGACAAGAACUAACAACAGAGCAAAUCGAAGCAAGCCGUGCAAGGUAUAGGGCACGUUAUGCAAAUAUGACACCAGAGCAAAGACAAGCAAGACGUGAUCGUGAUAAGGCUAGAUACGCAUUACGUCGCAACACCCCAGAAAAAAUUGAAAUAAUGCGCAUGCAUCAGAGGGUGCAUUAUGCAAAUGUGACGCCCGAAGACAAGCAAGCAAAGAGAGAUCGCGAAAAAGCAUUGAAAGAUUUGUGCCGCAACACUCUAAGCCAAGAUUCCAUUGCCAUGCAGAACCCAAUGUAUGUCCCUGAGGUUGUGCCACUCACUGUGGAUGCAUCCGGUCCACAUGGAUCCACAGUCACACGUGAUUGGUCGACUCCUGCGGUCACAGGUACCCCUAUUUACAUCCAGUCAGCUUGUGAUCAGAUGCCGGACGUGGAGAUUCCCAAUAUGGCUGCCAGUCAAAGAUCACGUAUACAACGCGUAACACCUCGAGAAAGGCAAGCAUUGUUAGCCCGUCGUAACGAGCACUUUGCAAAAACGCCAACAAAGAAACGGUCUGACUUGACACAAGAAAGUCCAACUGUAUGUGCAGAAGACAUCAAUGGUUCAGAACCUCCAACACAAUCAAUCCUCAUUAACAACGAAGAUACCCCUGCAACCCCUGAUACUAACAACGUCGCCACGCCUCCAACACGGCCACCAGUUAACGACGAUGGUGAUGAUGAUGGCGUCAUAUUCGAGGAGGACUCCGAAGAUGAGGAGGGCUACAUGUUCGGUGGUCAAGACAGGGAUAUCAACGAGGAUGUCAAAUUCGAUCAAGCUGACGACGACUCUGCCUCUAUCUCUAGCGUACCUGAUACGUACGACCACGUGUACAGCAAUAUACCCCCAGCCACGCACAUGCUAAAGCCUGUUGAAAACUGCCAAUAUUGCAAUGCAAAGAAGUUUGAGCAUGAGACAAAGGGGUUCUGCUGCCGUAAUGGAAAAAUUAAAUUAUCCACCACAGAUACACCACCCGAGCUCAUGAGGCUUUGGUCGAGUGCAGAUGCUGACGCUAGGCACUUUCGUGACAACAUUAGGUUUUUCAAUGGUCAUUUCUCAUUCACGUCACUUUACUGUCAUCUUGACAGUGAGACCACUGAUAUGAGAAAACAUGGUAUCUACACGUUUCGUGCCCACGGCCAAAUGUACCAUAACAUACGGUCGUUCGGUAGAGAUGGUUCGGAACCCAAGCACCUGGAGCUUUACUUCUACGAUGAUGAUCCCAGUCUAGAGCUUCGGUAUCGCCGCUGCCGCGAAGAGCAGUACCAGCAAGACAAGGAUGUCAUCAGAAAGCUGGUUGGCAUACUGCGUGGCAACUCGUACUCUGAACAACUCCGGAGUAUGGGACAGGUUCAGGACCUUGAUGACUAUCGUGUGACACUGAACCUUGACCAUAGGUUGGACCAGAGAACUUAUAACGUGCCGGCCACUUCAGAGGUGGCCAUUGUUUGGGUCGAGGGGAGCGAACGCUGAA